AUGACAGUCUACUACCAUUGGUUCAUACCGCACGCGGCCACCAUCAUGAAGCCACUGCACAAGCUACUGAGCUUAGGCCCCGGGGGCAAGAAGAGCCCAGGACGACCGGUGCCAUGGGUAGGCGACGCCGUGGCCGCCUUCCAGUGUACAAAGGACGCGCUAGCCGACGCCAGCCGUCUGCCGCAUCCGGUGCCCGACGCCCCGCUCAGCGUGCAAGUAGACGCCUUUAGCAUCGGCAUCGGGAUGUGUUACAGCACGUUCGGCCGUGCUGUGGAAGGCCAUUCCCUCAUCGUGAACACGGACCACAAGUCCCUGAUUUACGCGGUCGGGACGUGCUCAGCCCGCCACUCACCGAGAGAGACGCACCACCUACAUUUCAUCGUCCAAUUCACCACGGACGUGCACUUCGUCCGCGGCCAGAACAACGUCGCCGCCGACGCGCUGUCGCGUACGGUGUCGAUGCCCUCGCUGCCCCAGCCAGCACUGGACGAUUUCAGCGUCAUGGCCGACGCUCAGCGCGAGGACCCGAUCCUGGCAGCCUUCCCCCAGUCCCAGGACUCGCUGACUCUCCGCGACGCCGUUCUUGCCAACGGCCAUACCUUUCUGACGGACAAGUCGACGGUUGCAUCCCGGUCGUGGGUACCGUCUCCCCUGCUCCGACACGUGGUUCGGCUGCUGCACAUCCUGGCACACCCGGACGUCCCCGCCACCACCGAGGUGAUGACGCGUCGGUUCGUGAGGCCCAACAUGAAGCGAAACAUCCGCGUAUGGACCCAGGCUUGCAUCCGCUGCCAGCGGACCAAGGCCCUCCAACACACCGAGUCACCGGUGGCCCUGUUCGACGCGCCUGGUGAGCGGUUCGGCACGGUGCAUGUGGGCAUCGUCGGGCCGCUGCUGCCGUCCGACGGCUAUACACACCUCCCCACGUGCGUGGACCGGUCCACUCGCCGGGUUAAAGUGAUCCCCCUGCGUGACACGUGCACCCCCGCCGACGAACGCGCCUUCGUCGGUGGCUGGAUCGCUCGGUUCGGUGUCCCCACACAGGUCACGACAAACUGUGGCAUUCAGGCCGAGUUGGCCCUAUUGGCUGAGCUAUCGUGCUUCCUGGGAUGCAAGCGGCGCCGCACCACCAGCUACCACCCGCAAGCAAACGGGCUCGUCGAACGCAUGCACCGACAGCUCAAGACGGCGCUACCAGUGAACGGACAGGCCACAUGGACCGACGUGCUGCCUCUCAUCAUGCUGGGGAUGCGGUCUGCCGUCAAGACCGACCUGGGCUGCGCGGCCGCAGACAUGGUCUACGGCGCAUCGCCCCGGCUGCCGCGCGAAUUCUUCAUGGCCCCGUCAAGGGAGGUCGCCCCGACACCAGCGUCCUACGCCGCCGACCUCUGUCGCGCCAUGCAGCAGCUGCGCGCCGUCCCACCCCGGGCCGCUUGCUCGCCGUCUCAUGUCCCGAGCGCUCCGCACGACGCCAAGCACGUAUUCCUACGCCGCGACGCCACGAAGCCGCCUCUGGGCUGCGGGUGCGACGAGCCGUUCCGGGUCACAUGGCCAAGACGAUGA